AUGGCGAACUCGCAUGAAGUGCUUGGAUUCUUCCAUGGUUUCUAUGGAAUCGGUGCUACAGUUAGUCCCCUUGUUGCCACGAGUUUAAUAACCAAGGCAGGGUGGCAGUGGUACUCUUACUACUAUUUGAUGACUGGAGCAGCUGCGAUAGCGCUGGUAUAUGCCGCCAGUGCCUUCUGGGCCGAAACUGGUGAGAGAUAUCAACUGGAGCAUCCAAUUAUAUCCGGCAGAGACGGAGAAGCACUAUCACAGACGCGGGUAUCCCUCACUCACAAGGUCACCUGGAUCUGCGCUGUAUUCCUCUUCCUAUACGGCGGUAUCGAGGUAGCAAUCGGAGGUUGGAUUGUCGUCUUCAUGACCAACGUCCGCCACGGAGGCGCCUUUGCAUCAGGAAUGGCCGAAACAGGCUUCUGGCUUGGUAUCACAAUCGGCCGAUUCGUACUAGGCUUUGUCUCACCCCAAAUCGGAGAAAAACUGUCGAUUGCUAUAUACCUUCUGCUAGCCAUCACUCUCGAGCUUGUAUUCUGGCUUGUUCCGGAAUUCAUUGUGUCAGCUGUUGCAGUGGCGCUUGUUGGAUUUUUUAUAGGAACUAUUUUCCCUGGCGUUGUGAUUGUGAUGACUCGUUUGCUUCCGCGCAAUCUUCAUGUUGCGGCUAUAGGGUUUGCGGCGGCCUUUUCUAUGGGUGGUGGUGCUGUGUUCCCUUUCAUGAUUGGUGCUAUUGCUCAGGCAAAAGGUGUUGUUGUGUUACAGCCUAUUUUACUUGCAAUGCUGGCUGUGUCUUUGGGGAUUUGGGCAACACUUUUCCGGCUUCCUCGUGAGAUCCCUCACGAAGUUUGA